AUGGGACAGAGGCUGGAGUGGGACAGAGGCUGGGAUGGGACAGAGGCUGGAGUGGGACAGAGGUUGGGAUGGGACAGAGGCUGGAGUGGGACAGAGGCUGGGGUGGGACAGAGGCUUGGGUGGGACAGAGGCUGGGGUGGGACAGAGGCUGGAGUGGGACAGAGGCUGAGUGGGACAGAGGCUGGAGUGGGACAGAGGCUGGGGUGGGACAGAGGCUGGAGUGGGACAGAGGAUGGAGUUGGACAGAGGCUGGAGUUGGACAGAGGCUGGGGUGGGACGGAGGCUGGGGUGGGACGGAGGCUGGGGUGGGACGGAGGCUGGGGUGGGACAGAGGCCAGAGUGGGACAGAGGCCGGGGUGGGACAGAGGCUGUAGUGGGACAGAGGCUGGGGUGGGACAGAGGCUGGAGUUGGACAGAAGCUGGGGUGGGACAGAGGCUGGAGUGGGACAGAGGCUGGGGUGGGACAGAGGCUGGGGUGGGACAGAGGCUGGGGUGGGACAGAGACUGAGGUGGGACAGAGGCUGGGGUGGGACAGAGGCUGGGGUGGGACAGAGGCUGGGGUGGGACAGAGGCCGGAGUGGGACAGAGGCUUCGGUGGGACAGAGGCUGGAGUUGGGCAGAGGCUGGAGUGGGACAGAGGCUGGGGUGGGACAGAGACUGAGGUGGGACAGAGGCUGGGGUGGGACAGAGGCUGGGGUGGGACAGAGGCUGGGGUGGGACAGAGGCCGGAGUGGGACAGAGGCUGUGGUGGGACAGAGGCUGGAGUUGGGCAGAGGCUGGAGUGGGACAGAGGCUGGGGUGGGACAGAGGCUGGAGUUGGGCAGAGGCUGGAGUUGGACAGAGGCUGGGGUGGGACAGAGGCUGGAGUGGGACAGAGGCUGUGGUGGGACAGAGGCUGGAGUUGGGCAGAGGCUGGAGUGGGACAGAGGCUGGGGUGGGACAGAGGCUGGAGUUGGGCAGAGGCUGGAGUUGGACAGAGGCUGGGGUGGGACAGAGGCUGGAGUGGGACAGAGGCUGGGGUGGGACAGAGGCCGGGGUGGGACAGAGGCUGGAGUGGGACUGAAGGACAGGGGACACAGAGGGACAUAUACAGUGGAUGAUUGCACACACUCUGCACUGGAAGUGUGUAGACGUGUUCCUUGGUGCUCCGCUGCUUGCUUUGCUUUGUAA